AUGCGAGGCACUGAGCUGUUGCUUGGUUACUUUCUAGUGAAAGUUAUGGUGUGCGAUGCAGAAGGCGAGCCAGGCGAGCACCUCGACGACUUGACAGUGACAAUGUUCAACGAGUCAAAGGAAGCGGAGAGCAGCGUCACGGAGAACCCGCACACGGAGGACAGGUGCCGCGGGUACUACGAUGUGAUGGGUCAGUGGGACCCGCCUUUUGUGUGCAGGACGGGCAGCUACCUGUACUGCUGCGGCACCUGUGGCUUCAGGUUCUGUUGCGCUUUUAAAAGCUCCCGGCUGGACCAGACCAACUGUAAGAACUACGACACUCCGCCGUGGAUGAUGACAGGCAGACCGCCUAAAGUGGACGUGGCACAGGACGCCGCGAAGGAUAAAACCAACCUCAUUGUGUAUGUGAUAUGCGGGGUCGUGGCCAUAAUGGCACUGAUAGGGAUUUUCACCAAGCUUGGUUUGGAAAAGACGCACCGUCCGCACAGAGAAAACAUGUCGAGGGCUCUUGCACACGUGAUCCGCCAUCCUGCCUCAGAGCAUUCGGAUGACAUUGGACUCGGCCAGCACUAUGAGAACAUACAAACCAGAAUCACAGUCAACAGUCUCCACAGCACCCAGAUGAACAACGCAGCUCAAUCAUCAACUCUGAUAACUCAGCCGUACCCGGCUCUGGGACAGAUCACCAGCCCCUACGAGCCACAGAAGCCUGUCAAGGAUCUCAACAAGUACGCCACCCUCAAGGCUGUGGCAGAGAAAGCUAAUGACAGCUUCUACAGCAGCCGACGCCAAGUGAUUGAGAUGACAACUAAGGGAAGCCUUCCAAUGGAACCUGUGGAUAUGGAGCCAGAGCCGAGUAAUCCUUAUAGUCCGCCCAGACAGAUGUCUGCAAAGCAGAAUGGACACAAGUACAAAAGCUCCAAGAGCCACAGCUUUGGGGCUCUGUCCUACGGCUCAAAUACUGCUGCCAGCCCAGGGGUGCUAAAAUCCUGGGGGAGCAAGGACACACUGGGGCUGCGACAGAGCUAUGGCCCAAAGAAACUCUGCAUCAUAGAGAAGGAGCUACACACCACUCGCUACAUCCCUCAGCAGCCAUACUUCGUCACCAACAGCAAGACAGAAGUGACAGUAUGA